UCCGUCGAUGUCCUUCCACAGCGAUAGUCAGCCCCGAAUCGUCGUCCGUUGAGAGCGUGAGUUCUUUGUGUCUGUGAUAGUUCGACCCAGUGCCAAGUGCUCAGGAUGUUAUUCCUAGCGCCGCGCAAACAUCUGUUUGCCACCAACCUGAUCAUCCUGCUGAUGAUCUACGUGAUGCGAAAGUGCCUCCAGCUCUUCUGCAUCAUCGAGAAGCGCACCGGCCAGGAGGAGGAGCAGGUCCACCUGCCGGAGAGGGAGAUCCUCCAGAGGCGCCGCGGCGGCUUCAAGAUCAUCCCGGAUGCCAUGCACCAGAGCAUGCACGGCUUUGGCUAUGGAGAGGGUCACUACCAGAUCUUCGUGGAGAAGAAGGAGCGCAACCUGCCCACCAAAUCGCGCCUCAACGCGGCCACAGCCGAAGUCAAGCUGAAUCCCAAUUAGUUGGUCUUUCGGGAUUCCAAGAAAACAUUGACAUCCUAGGAUGUCAAAGACAAUGUGCCAAUUGAGCCAGCAAAAAAGCUUAAUCCCUGAGCCCCCAGGAAUAUCCCCAUACAUCCAAGUCUUCUUCAAUAGUCUUUAAAUAAUACUUAAAUCUACGCAAAACCAUGUAUUUUUUAUAAACAUCGAAGCGCAGUAUUGGCCAUUAAUAAAAAAUAUAAAAAAAUA